CUACCAUUUUUAAAGACAACCACUAAAAAUUUGAAAACAUUUCAUUAUUUUCCUUCAUAUAUAUGACGUUUUGUUGGAUGUCUAUUUAAUCCAAAGAAGAAUCACCAGUUUUUUAUUCGUGAUCUUUUUCCUCUUUGUUCUUGAGCUCUUUCUAAAUUCUAAUGUCUAUCCUUCAUUUCCCUCCCGGGCUUCCCCUCCUCCUCUUCCUCUCUUCACUUUUCAUCAUCCUAAAAUGGAAAGUAGCGGCAAAUAGAAGAAAGCGUAAUUUUCCCCCAAGCCCACCGAAGCUUCCAAUCAUUGGAAACUUGCAUCAACUUGGCAAGCUCCCACACAAAUCCCUAUGGCGCCUCUCUCAGCUUUACGGUCCCAUUAUGAGCCUCAACCUAGGCCGUAUAGAAACCAUCAUCAUAUCAUCGGCUGAGACUGCUCGUGCCCUCUUGAAAACUCACGAUCUUCAAAGUUGCAACAGACCACAAACCCAUGCCAUGAAAAAAUUCACUUACAAUUUUCUUGACCUUGGUUUUUCACCCUACAGUGAUUACUGGCGAGAGAUGCGCAAAAUUUGUAUGCUUGAGUUUUUCAGUAUGAAGAGGGUGUUAUCUUACGAACCCAUUAGAGAACAAGAAGUUGGUUUGCUUAUUGAAUCAAUUUUACAAUCAGCUUCUUGUGGAGCUACCGUUGAUCUUAGUGAGAAGUCCAUUGCUCUCACUACUGGUGUUAUUUUUAGAAUUGCAUUUGGGAAGCCAUUUGAAGGGAAUGGAUUUCAUGAGCUUAUAAGUGAAGUUGAGGCCCUCAUGGGAAGCUAUAGUGCUUCUGAGUUUUUUCCAGUUCCUUUCGUGGGAGAGAUAUUUGAUUGGUUUAAUGGUCGAAAAGCUAGACUUGAAAAAGUUUUUAAUGAGAUAAAUGCUCUGUUUCAAGAGGUAAUUAAUGAACACCUUUGCCCUGAGAGGCCUAAGCCUGUGCAAGAUGAUAUCAUUGAUGUGCUUUUGGCUAUUAGUAAAAAGCAAGUUGAUCCUUGCACGAUUGUCAUUAACCAUGAAAACAUCAAAGCCAUUCUUUUUAACAUAUUUGUGGCAGGAUUAGACACUGGUUCAAUUACAAUAGUCUGGGCAAUGGCAGAACUCGCAAAAAACUCAAAAUUGAUGAAGAAAGCUCAAGAAGAAAUAAGAAACUAUGUGGGCAACAAAGGAAAGGUAAGAGAGAGAGACGUCGAAGAGCUACCAUAUUUGAAAAUGAUAGUAAAAGAGACACUAAGACUACAUCCACCAGCACCUCUUCUCCUUCCAAGAGAAACCAUUUCUCAUUUCAAAAUUGAAAACUAUGAUUUUUACCCGAAAACGAUGGUUCAAGUAAACAUUUGGGCAAUUGGACGAGACCCCACAUGCUGGACAGAUCCAGAAGAGUUCCUUCCAGAGAGAUUUGCGGAGAGCUCGAUUGAUUACAAAGGACAACAUUUUGAGUUCUUACCAUUUGGGGCUGGUCGGAGGAUAUGCCCGGGGAUAAAUAUGGGAGUGAAAACUGUGGAGUUGGCUUUAACGAAUCUUUUGUACCAUUUUGAUUGGAAGCUGUCGAAUGGGAUGAAAGAGGAGGACUUGGACAUGGAAGAGAGUUCGGGUUUGAGUCUCACCAUCUACAAAAAGGUGCCUCUCAAACUUGUACCAAUUUUAUACCAUCCCUAAGCAGUUUUAUAGCUUAGAGUAAUAAUGGGUAUUUUAUAUGUAUUAUAUAAAAUACUUGAACUCUUUUGUUACCGACAAAAUAGAUGAUGUGAAAAGCAUAAGUGUAACACCAAUAUUUGAAGAUUGAUAUGCAUAACAAAAGGUAAGGAAAUAAA